AUGCCAAGAGCCCGGCUAGAAGGCAGAAGGUCUCAUUUUUUAAAGGUCUUUAAGAAGGUUAUCAUCAGGGAGAUUGCAGGGGUACAAGUAUGGGAACAGAAUCAGGAUUUCAGAGAGUACAUAAGUGACGCGGAGAAGAGGCUAAACGACGUUCGUUCCCGAAUUGGCUUGGCACCAACCCUAAUGAUGCCAGGUAAUUAUGCGAGAGAACUUUUCGAUUUCAAGAAUGAGGAAUGCUUCCUUGAACUCCUCCCUUCAGCUGAGAGGAGGCAUCAUCUAUCCUCUGUACUUGAAAAAUUCAGAUCGCUUCGGAAGGUCUACAGAGCUCUUAAGCCAGUUCGAGAAGAGGUCACCAAAUAUAAGGCCACUGCAGUGAAGAUGGGCCAAGAACUGCUUGAUAACUUUGGCUAUGUUAUGUGGCCAAAUUACUUGCACAAAGUGAUUGAACAUGUGCAAGAAAUCCUCGAUGACCCAGGCAGCAUUGGAGCUUUUAGUGGAGAAGGGAGUGAGGCAGCAAACAAACUGUUUCGUCAUCUCAGGAAAUAUGCUUCCAGGAGAAGUACAGUUGAGGAAAGCUUGCGAGAUGUCCUCUGGUUUCAUUGGAUGUAUACAUCCCAGCAGCUGCAUGCCUUGCGAGCAGCAAGUUUGGUCAAGAGAAAGUUUCACUGUUCAAUUUGUGGAGAGGAGGGACACAGCAAGCUUACGUGCCCUCCAACCCCUAGUACCAGCAAGUGA